AUGAUCGUCGCCGUCUUCACAGCCCCAGAGACAGUGCAAAGAGCCCAGGCCUCAGGCUCUCCUCUGCCUGACCCCCUGCCCCUCACAGAGGCGGCGGCUGGGGUGAGGACCACGGAGGCGGCGCUGCUCCCCAGAAACUACACGGCCUCGAACCCCACGGCCUCUGGCGCCCCGUGCGCGCGCGGCUCGCAGCCCUGGCAGGUCUCCCUCUUCGAAGGCCUCUCGUUCCGCUGCGCCGGCGUCCUGGUGGACCAGAGCUGGGUGCUCACGGCCGCGCACUGCAGGACCAAGAAGUCACUGUGGGCCAGAGUUGGUGACGACCACCUGCUGCUCCUCCAGGGCGAACAGCUCCGCCAGACCACCCAGGCUGUCGUCCACCCCAAGUACCACCCCGGCUCAGGCCCUGUCCUGCCCAGGCGGACCGAUGAGCACGACCUCAUGAUGCUGAAGCUGGCCAGGCCUGCUGUGCUCGGGCCCAAGGUCCAGACCCUGCGGCUGCCCUACCACUGUGCCCAGCCUGGAGACCAGUGCCAGGUGGCUGGCUGGGGCACGACGGCCGCCCGGAGAGUGAAGUACAACAAGGGCCUGGCUUGCUCCCGAGUCACCGUCCUGGGCUCUAAAGAGUGCGAGGCCUUCUACCCCGGCGUGAUCACCCACAACAUGAUCUGUGCUGGGCUGGACCAGGGCCAGGACCCGUGCCAGAGUGACUCGGGCGGCCCCCUGGUCUGUGGCGAGACCCUGCAGGGCAUCCUUUCAUGGGGCGACUACCCCUGCGGCUCUACCCAGCGCCCGCCUGUCUUCAACCAGAUCUGCAAGUACUCGCCCUGGAUCGAGAGAACCAUGCGCUCCAACUGACCCGGGCGCCCAGGCCCCAUCACACCUGUGCCCUUGCUCCGGCUCUUGCCCUCCCUUCCCCACUCUCCCCUGCACCGCUGGAGCUGCUGCCACCCACCCGCCUCGGCCCUCGGCCCUCGGCCCUCUGCCCACUCCGUCCUCUGCCCUGCCAUGCUGAAGCCCAAGUGCAGAGACUGGCCACGCAGCACUGCCCAGGAAGGGAGGAAGCUGGCGGUCACAGCCUCUGACACAUGUCAGUCGCCCACCUGGCUUGUCGACCUCUCCCUGCCGUGUGACCAGGGCCGAGCCAAGCAGCCUCUCUGAGCCUUGGCUAGAAUAGGGCGAGGCUGUUUUGUGAGGGGACUGUUACGCACCGCGCGUGUGAUUUUCCCGUAAAGCCUUCCUGUGAGCACGAACGCGGUGUGAGCCCUGACUAAAUCUCCCUGUU